GUUCGCCGCCCCACCGCGGCCGUCUGGCGGGUCGGAGGAGGAGCGUUCCCCCGGCGGAGCCCGCCCUGCGGCCGAAGGUGUAAUGUCAGAUCCUGACCCCGGAGAGAAGAAAGCGGAUCCUGAGCAAUUCCUAAAGCCACCUGACGUAACUGCUGUUAGCAAGAACGUUAGUCCCCAUGAGACGACCAGAGCGGUUAUGAGGAAAAGAUCCCACGAAAGUCCCAGCCUCAGGAAAAGCCCCCUCGGACCUAGUCCCAAGAGGCUGUCUCCCUGGAGAAGCAGUCCCAGGAAAGACCAUACAUUGAAUUCUUUUAACUUGUCCCCGAGACCACUCAUCACCACGCCUCAAGCCAAGCGUCGCUCUUGGUGUCGUUCGAGCCUGAAGGGGACAAAACGCCGAAAAUCUCUGCCUCCUGUUCACCAAGAUGUCACUGAAUUAAGCAAAUCAAUUAGCCUGGAUCUGCCAGAGAUAGACCGGCUUUCUAUGCUGUUGUUGUCCAGUUUCCAGUUUUCUGCACAGAAGCUCGAACACAUCUUGAAGCAGACUGACGGCUUUAGCCCUGAGGCUUUCAAAGCUAACGUGCACUCGGUUUCAGAAGACCUGAAGCGAUACCUGCAGAAGUUGAAACGAGACGGAACGCUGAAGAGCUGCGUAGAAGACCCUAAAGGGAUUUUACUGGACUCGGCUUUGGAUGAGUCAGUGGCCCAAGUUAAGGAGUACAUCGCCAGGUUCGCUGCCGAAUGUCAGUCCUGGGAUCAGCUCUUACUGCGCCACCAGGAAAGCGCUGAAGAAAUAUCCAGGCAGCUGGAGGAGUGCAAGAGGAAUCGAGGACGGGCAGAGCCUCUGAAUUACCUCCAAACGUCGCAGGCCGCAGUCCUUGGCAGCAAACCCAACUACCAGAAGCUCCUGGAUGACCAGGGGGAGGUCUUGAGCUGCAUGGAGCUUGUGCUUGACGAACUACAGCAAGCGGUGAAGCUGCUGCAGGCCUUCAGCGAGGACAGCCAGCAAUACCUCCGGCGCCUGUCGGAGCAGCUCGCCACGAGGACCUUCCGGCAGCUGGAGAACUCCCCCGUGCGCAAGCUGAUCGCCGCCCCGCCGAGGAAGAUGCCGCCGCCGGAGGGCUGAGCGGGGUGGGGGGCUGCGGGCCGCGCCGUCGGUGCUGCCAUCAAUAAAGGCGGUGGGAGCCCGGUGCCCUCCCGGUGCCCGCUUCCCCCGCGCUUCCGCGUUUGAAGGCGCCCUGGUAGUCGAUCACCGUUUAGUGGCC